AGGGGGCAAAUCUUAAUAUCAGACUCAGACUGGUAAAUGGUAGAUACAACAAUGAAACAUUUUCUUGCUCCUCUGUGUCUACUGGGAACUUUUCUAUAUGCCUCGGCUCAAUGCACUGUCUCAGCCUCAAAGUUUCAGCUGGAAGGAGAUUAUUUGAUAGGUGGACUUUUUGAUAUUCAUCAUGUCAGUACACCAGUUUACUAUGACAGACCAGAAGCCAUCGACUGCUCCAGUGCAAAGUUGAUUGAGUCAAGUUAUCGGAGGUUUCAGUUGAUGAGAUUCUCAGUGGAGGAAAUCAACAACUCUACCAAUCUACUGCCAAAUGUAUCUCUUGGCUAUGAGAUAUUUGACCACUGCUCAGAUGCACAGAAUUUUCCAGGGGUUUUGGACCUCAUCUCAGUCAAUGGCUUGAUUCAGCCUUGGAGUGAACCACACAAGGAACAAGCACGCAAGUCCAACAUGUCCAAAGUGAUAGCAGUAGUUGGCCCUUUUACAAGCACUCAAGCCCUGACUGCAGCCCCACUGUUCAUGGUGGAUCUCAUUCCUAUGGUCAAUUACGGAUCUACUAGUUCUAUUUUUUCAAAAACAGGAAAAUUCCCUUCUUUCCUACGAACAGUGCAUUCCAGUAAGGAUGUCAUAGAAGUGAUAGGUAACAUCAUACUGCAUUUCAAAUGGCGCUGGGUUGCUUUCCUUAACAGUGAUAAUAAUUAUGGCAAUGAUGGCCGGGAAUUAUUCAUAAAGAGGAUUAAGGAUACUGAGAUCUGCCUGGCAUACACCAGAAGUAUUGAUGAAAACACAAAUUACUCCCAAAUGUUCAAACAGAUAGAGGCACAGAAAGUACAGAUAAUUAUUGUUUUUGCUUCAACAAUGACUGCUGAAGCUGUCAUUGAGGCAGCAAUACAACUGAAUAUCACAAACAAGGUGUGGAUAGCAGGGGAUGCAUGGUCCUUAAACAAAAGGCUUCCAAAGGAGAAAGGAAUCAAAAAUAUUGGAACUGUACUUGGGGUGUCUGAGGCAGUAGUGACAAUACCUGGUUUCAGUGAUUUUAUCUAUUCUUCUGAAAGACAGAUGCAUUGUGAAAAUGCAGGACAGCAGAAGUUUUGUAAUCAGGUUUGCAACUGCAGUAACCUAAGUGCAGAGGAUGUCAUUGCUGCAGACCCGUCAUUCUCUUUCCCUGUUUAUUCUGCUGUAUAUGCCAUCGCUCAUGCUUUACACCGGACCUUGCAAUGUGGAGCUGGAAGAUGUAAUGACAAUAUAACAGCGUACCCACACAAGGUUCUAGCAGAGCUGAAGAAGUCCGAUUUUACACUUUUGAAUCGGAGAAUUCAGUUUGAUGAGAACGGUGACCCCAUGUUCGGAUCCUAUUCUAUAGUUUUCUGGAACCACAGUGGUGAUGCAGAGGAGAUUGGGUUUUAUAAAUUACUCCCAUCGGUCAAUUUCUUCAUCAACAGUACCAAAAUCCAUUGGUACACAAAAGGAGAAGUCCCUACUUCACUGUGUUCCACAGAAUGUCCUGCAGGAUAUGCAAAAAAGCCAGAUGGAAUCCACAUAUGUUGCUUCACUUGUGAAAUCUGUCCAAAUGGAACUUAUGUCAACAUAACAGAGGAUCCCUACAAGUGCAUCUACUGUAAGGAGACAGAAUGGUCUGCAGAAGGCAGUACAUCAUGCAAUCUGAGAGUGGUGGAGUACGUCCCAUUCAAAGACAGUGGGGCCAUACUGAUCAUGGUUGGGGCCUGGGUCUUGGUGGGCCUCACAUUAGCCAUGUCUGUUCUCUUUGCCAUCAACUACAACACCCCUGUUGUCAGAUCUGCUGGGGGACCCAUGUGCUUCCUAAUUUUAGGCUGCAUCAGUCUGUGUAGUCUUAGUGUCUUCUUUUACUUUGAUAAGCCAACAGUUUCUUUUUGUAUGUUAAGGUUCUUACCAUUCAUUUUGUUCUACACUGUUUGUCUAGCAUGUUUUGUUGUGCGCUCUUUUCAAAUUGUCUGCAUUUUCAAAAUAGCUGCCAAGUUCCCCAAGCUCCACAACUGGUGGAUGAAAUAUCAUGGACAGUGGCUGAUCAUCACUGUGGCUUUUGUUACUCAGGCGCUCUUAUUUUUUAUUGGCUAUUCUUGUGACAGUGCUAAGCCCUACUAUGACAUGCUUUGGUCCCCGGAUAAAAUCAUACUUGGCUGUGACAUCAAUCUCAAAGCAUUCUCUGGUUCUGUGUUUUUACUUUUAUCUUUGUGCUCUCUUUGCUUUAUUUUCUCCUACAUGGGAAAAGACCUCCCAAAAAAUUACAAUGAGGCCAAAGCAAUUACCUUCUGCCUGCUCGUGCUGAUCCUCACCUGGAUCAUCUUUGCCACUGUGCAUGUGCUUUACCAUGGAAAGUACAUCCAGACUUUUAAUGCUCUGGCAGUACUCUUCAGCCUCUACUCUUUUCUGUUGUGGUAUUUCCUCCCAAAAUGCUACAUCAUAAUUUUUCAACCCCACAAAAACACACAGCAGUACUUUCAAGGUCUCAUUCAGAAUUAUACCAAAACAAUUGGCCAGUAGCUGCCUUCAGUAAACAUAUAUUUCUGUAGUGUGAAAAGCUGAUGUGCCUUG